UAGCCCAACUAGUUUUCGCUACCUGCGGAACACUUAUGAAGUACGCAUAUUAAGCGCGAAAGUUAAUUUACGCAGGACUAGAGUUUUAUCCGUCAUCACUUUUUUUAGGCUGCAGUAUGAUGAGUUCAAGCAGCUUGGUGAAAUUUAUACUCUUUACUUUCUCUACCACAGUAUUGGCUAUACUAUAUUUUUAUCACGAAAAUGCAACCUCUCCAUCACCACCAAUUACAAGCACCCAGAGCCUGAAGUCGGAGUCUCGGCACGCUCCCUGUAACUGCCUCGGCGGAGCAACAGCUCUAAAGCAGUACGUCGACAAGGAUAAGUUUGAUGACGUCAUCAGACGGAGAGCGGAAGAGUACAAACGCCAUCAGACAAGAAAAAAGUCAGCACAAAGCAAUGUUCUGUUAGCUGCAGCAAAUUCCCCUCUGCAAUAUCCAAUCCAAGGAUUCAUUGUUAUUCCUCUCCAGAAGAGCCUCAUGCCAGGUUUAAGUGUACAUGCUGUCGAAAAACAAAAUUACCAGGUGACACUGAGUGUGAGCAGUGGGGUCCUGGCAGUGGAAAGUCUUCAGGAAAAGGGCAAAGUGAAGGGGCAGGGUGAGAAGGUGCUCUCCAUUUCUGCCUCCAGCCUGCAGUCUCUCAAUGACCUGCUGGGUCAGGUCUCCUACAGAAGCACUGUGUACAGCAUCAAGUCUGGAGAUCUGGCACACUUCACCUUUGACCGGUAUAAGGCUACUUUCCCUAUUAUGAUCCGCCAACCUACAGUACCAAAUCUAUAUGACCUUGGAGAGGAUAUCAGAUCUCAAGUAACCAUCACGACUAAAACCUUCCUGAGAUACACGCAACUUAACCACCUUAUUAGCAGUAUUAGAAAGUUUUACAAAGACAUUAAAAUCAUCAUUGCGGAUGACAGCAUUGAACCAGAGAAAGUGAACGGCACCAACAUUGAGCAGUACUUCAUGCCACCUGCCCAGGGUUGGUUUGCUGGCAGGAACCUUGCCAUCUCACAGGUCACAACCAAGUACUUUCUAUGGGCGGACGACGACUUUGAGUUCACAGAUAAAACAAAGAUUGAGAAAUUUGUAGCAAUAAUGGAGUCUAUGCCUGAACUGGAUGUGGUGGGCGGAUCUGUGGGGUCAAAUGUUUUCUCUUUCAAAGUCCUGUAUGAGGAAGGGGAUGAGGAAGGCGGCUGCUUGAGUAAGGUCCCAGGGAACUACCAACCCGUUCCAGGCAUCCCAAAUUGCUUCUUCACCUCUGGGGUUGUUAAUUUCUUCCUGGCUCGGACUGACGCGGUGCGCAAGGUGGGCUUCGACCCACUGCUGAAAAGAGUGGGUCACUCAGAAUUCUUCAUGGACGGGUUGGGGGAAUUGCUGGUGGCAAGUUGCCCUGAACUGACAGUUGGGCACCAGCCUAAAAGAGGCAAUGCUGAGUAUUACAAAUACCGACUGCCACCAAAAAGCGACACCGACAGCAAGCUAGCACUUCACUUCUUCAAGAAUCGGCUGAAGUGUGUCAAGUACUGAAAUGGGCUCAGAGGGCUUUUACAGCCUUGUUUUGUUCAUGGAUAUGUGUACAUUUGCAUCACAUCUUGAAAAAAACUGCAUUAUUUACUGGCCCCAAACUUCCGGCCUCUCUACUCAAAAUACAAUUCAUUUUUUGAUUAUUAUUAUUUUAAUGUGUUUGCUGGCAGUAUAUUGUUUUGCAGGCAUGUAUUGUGCAACCGGCAGAGCGUUUGAGAGAUUUGUUAUGCCUGUGGGUAGGCCGUAGGUUAGGAGGGGUUUUAAUCAGGUAUAUUUUAUAACAGCACAUGCGAUGUGUGCAUAGUUUUCACUGGUGGGAUUGCUCAGGGAUUGGACCACAGUCAUGGGAAACGUGAUACCUCUUGUUCAAAAUCUUUAUUUUGAUAUGUUGUAUAUGGACCUGUGAAAUGUGUGUGUGCUUCAUUUGCACUAUGCCUUUAAUCACAUAAUGAGACCACCACUCUGGUCCUUCUUAUUGUUCUUUUAUACAUUGUGGUUCCCCAUCUACACAGCGCUGCUCCAGGCACAUCAGUUCCGUAUCCAGUACCUUUCAGUUUUGGCAGCCUGAUUCAUUGAAAUAAAGGCGAUGUUGCCCAAGUGCCACUGUUUUUAGUGAUUUUAGUAUCUAAAACACUAACCAAGACAAAUGACGUAGGUUUUUCUGAAAACAGCCCAAUGCCCCCCACCUCUCCACCUCCUGUGUUCAGCUCUCUGCUUUAACAUUGAGCAACAUCAUAUGAUAAUUAUGCAAAAACAUACGUCAUGUCACAUGGGAAAUCAUUUUACAGCUCAGAAAAAUUGUAGUUGGACCCUAAAAUGGACAGAAUUGUAAUUGUUUUACUUGGAUCAUUCUGGAACACAAAUCGAAAGUUCCAGAAUCAUAUGAAAAGCUCAAAAACACAAAAAUGAUGUGUGUGGGCCUUUAACUGACCUCAUUCGCUGCCUGCCUGAUGGUGUCCCAGUGCGAAUGCAGGACUCCUGUGUUCCCAAACGAUGAUGGAUGCAUGCUUUGCCUGGAGGGUAACUUCCAAACUUAACUAGCCCUCCUGUUCUGAUUUUUCAAAAAUAGCAAUGAUAGCAGAUUCCUCAAAUGAAUUCUGUGGAGGGAGACUGCUCAGUACAUGUUAAUCUGAUUGCAAGGGCUACAGUGACAAUCAGUGCAAUGCAUCUUCAGAAAAUCUUUUGAGAGAAAGAUCAUGGCCAUGGUACAUUUCAGGAAUUUAGCACAUCCUUAGUCACAUUUUUAUAAUAUGCAAUGAGUUUAUGCUGAUGAAUAUUUAACGGACAUGGUCAUUGUAAGCACCUUGCCCAAAAGCACAGCUUGGAUGUGAACCUCUGUUCCUAGUCCUGUCCAGACCGCUAUCGCUAUAUGACCUGCCUCCCACUUUUACUGAGCUGCGCUUUUAACUGAGUGCACUCACUUUCUCCAGUCAGGGAGCUUGGCUCGGUGACUUCUCAGGGAAGAAACGUCCUGGGAAAACCCAGUGGCUGCGUCUGGCUGCUCUAUUUGGUGGGCCGGUAAGGGGGGUGGGGCAUUCACCUGGGACCCUCAGGUCAGCAAUUGAUAUCAUCUCUUGUAUGGAGACAUUUUACUGACACCCUGACUCCCUGCAGUUGCAAAAUACUUUAUCACAAAGACUACGGCUUACAGAGCCGAAGCAAUGGCGGAUCCCAGCGUCCUUCUGAAAAUUCCCGGUUUAAUUUCAGUCAUUCCAUGGCACUAGGGAAUGUGCACAAUGUAGCAUGGAAGGUCUGAAUUAAACACUGUGGCAGGAUUGUCUUUUUGCCUUUUUGUGACUGCAGACUACAAUUGGCUCGCUUCGAGUUUGAAUUGAAUACUUUUAAUCAAAUUAUAUUUGUAUUUUGUUUUUAUUAGCAGGAAUAAUUCAAUUGUAAUGACGACCACUUGUUUAAAAUAGAACAAAUGAACUUUUGAUGUUUGCUUUGAAUAAAUAUAAAGAUUUUUAGCUCCUUA